CUUUGUUUUAGUUUUCUUUACACAUCGAUUUAAUCACGAUUAAAAAUAUUUACACGUUACAAUAAAUCGAAAUAAGUUAAGUGACAUAUUUGCUCAAUUAAGGAAGACUAUGAAAGUUUUAAGAGAAUGGACAAUCGACGCACCAUGGGGAAAAAUAGCAAUGAUAUCAUGGGGCAACGAGGCAGGCUCGCCAGUACUGCUGGUACACGGACGGCAGGACAGCGCCGCUACUUUUGAGCCACUAUUACAGUUGCUGCCGGACACAUACCAUUAUGUGGCUCUGGACCUGCCCGGACAUGGCCGAUCUGAUCCAUUUCCUACAGGAUUGGCGCCAACGAGGCUGCACUUCGUGGGCGCCUUGCAGGCGGCGGUGCGGCAUCUGCGCUGGAAGCAGUUCAUCUUUGUGGGACACUCCAUGGGCUGCGAGGGAGGUUUGUUCUUCAACGCGGUGUACCCUCACCGCAUAUCGAAGAUGAUCCUCCUGGACCCUGGGCCGGCGCUGACUCGCCUGCAAGUCCACGACCCCCCGGAGUACUUCGCCUCCUUCCACCAGAAGUACUAUGAUAACUAUGACAAGUUCGCGCAGAAGAGGAUCUACAGCCAGCAGCGCGCCCUGGAGGCGGUGAUGAAGGCGCGCGGCUUCACCGAGGCGCAGGCGCGCCGAGCGCCGUCGAGGAAUAUGGUCCAAGUCGGAGAAGACCUCUAUGAAUUAAGCUGGGACCGUCGCCUCCUAUGCCUCCCGCCGCCAAACUACCCCCCCUCCUACUACUACCAGCUGUUCUGCACCCCCACACCCACCCUACUCAUCGCCGCCAAACAGUUCCAGGGAGGUUACACCAACGGCGCGAAGAAAACGCUGAAAUUAAUCAGUGAUUUGGAGAGAACUCUGGAUAGUUUCACAGUGGUGACGGUAGAGGGCGGGCAUGAUGUGCAUUUUACUAAUCCGGAGCGUUUCAUUAAAGUACUUUGUGAGUUUUUAGAUAACAAGUUUGAGUGUCAGUCUAAACUGUAGAGGGUAUUACACCAACAUAAA